AUGCCUCGAAAGCUCAGGGCAGCUGCCCAAGCGGCAGCCAAGUCAAUGAAAAAUGUGCCUGCGAUUCCCGAUGUCUCCGAUGAUGAGAUGGUAGAUGCGCCACCAUCGCAACCUUCGUCUACUGUCGAAGAGCCUCGAGAGUCCGUCGAAAAAGAAACCGAUGCUGAUCCCGACGUCGAGCCCGAGCCCGAAGUCGAAGCUGAGACCGCACCUGAAACCGAGGCGCAAGCAAACACUCCUGCCGAUUUCAAGCCUGAAGACGAAACCAGCGCUGCAACGCCAGCUGUCGAUGACUUCACACAACUUGAAGGAGGAGACACGCCUUCCUACACGGGUGGUCGUCAAUCUGCUGUCCCGCGCAAGCGUCGCGUUGGCCGACCACCGAAGAAUCGCCCGCCGGACUGGGACGCGCCGGAUGGGGCAGAGACUCCAAUCCGAGUGACCGCCCCUGUGAAGAGAAGAAGAGGCCGCCCUGCUGCAAGUGGUGGUCGCUGGGCGCGAAAUCGCGGUCCGUCACAUAACACCCAGGUGCCUAUCGACAAGGAAGGGAACAUGAUGGAUGUCAUCAACGACGAAGUGGCACUUCCGCCCGAUGAGGAGGGCGACACCAAGGUGGACGAGAAUGGUCACCUGAAAGGAGGCCGCGAGUACCGAGUUCGAACCUUUACUCUUCUCAAUCGCGGCGACCGUUUGUACAUGCUGUCGACUGAACCGGCGCGGUGCAUUGGUUUCCGUGAUUCUUACCUGUUCUUCCAGAAGCACAAGAUGCUUUACAAGAUCAUCAUCGAUGACGACGAGAAGCGUGAUCUCAUCGAGCGUGAUCUCAUCCCGCAUUCUUACAAGGGACGAGCCAUUGGCGUGGUUACGGCGCGGUCGGUGUUUCGUGAGUUCGGCGCCAGGAUCGUCGUUGGGGGCAAGAAGGUCGACGAUGAGUACCACGCCCAAGCCGCCCGAGAGCCCUACAACCGAAACCAAUAUGUGGCCUGGCACGGUGCCAGCAGCGUGUACCACACGAAUGCUCCGUCUGUUCCCUUGCCCGGUGGAAAACCUGUGGACUCCAAGAAACGGCGCGUGCCGGUGACCGACGACAACUGGAUGCUUGAGCACGCGCGGGCUGCAAGUGUCUUCAAUUCAAAACUGGCCGAUAUGCGCCGCACGAACCUAGGUGGCGUGUACGACGUCCACACCAACUCCAUGCAAUACCCCAAGAUCAUGCAGCCCACCCACGCUCGCUGGGAACGGGUUCCUCCCCAAGACACCCGCAUCACCGCAAGUCUGAUGACGGACAUGUCUUCCCUGAACAUCACGAAUAAUGCCUCCGCCGACACCGAACCCAUCCAAAACACGACCACGGAACCCCACGACUCCACCGCCACACCCGAAACCACUGAAGAAAAACCCUCUACCAUCUUCCCGCCCGUCCCUACUUCUAUCUCCAACCGCUAUCUCGUUCAGGAUGUCGUCUACGAAUCGCCCCCGUACUCGAACAUGGGCAUUCCCGCCCCCGACGGCGACGUGCGCGACAUCGGGCCCAACGGCCUGGUCAGCAUCGCCAACCCAAGCAAUCCGGAGUUCAUGAACCCCGAGAUCGUGGCUUUGUUGCCGCUCGAGUGCCAGGAGGCUCUGAUCGACGCCGCCGCCCGGGAAGUGGAGUGGAAGUCGCGCUGGUCCACCGAGACUCAAGAUGGGGCUCGUACCAAGCCCACCAAGAACUAUGGGUGGUUCCCAUGA